AUGAGCGAGAAGAUGCCCACACCUAUGCUCGAUAUGAUUGAAAAUCCCCUGAAUUUAAAACACCUAUCCUCAAAGGAAUUAAGACAGUUAGCUGAUGACAUUCAGUCAGAAUUGUUGUUUAUAUCAUCAAAAACACAAAAAUCAGUUAGAGCCAGUCUAUCAGUCGUCGAACUAACGGUUGCUAUUCAUCAUGUUUUUAGUUGCCCCCUUGACAAAAUUCUUUGGGAUAUGGAGGAUCAAACAUAUCCACAUAAACUUCUAACUGGAAGAAGGCCUCUAAUUUAUAGAGAUAGAACACCAGGUGAUCAGUCAAGCUAUUCAUCUAGUGCAUACGAUCCACUUGGCGCAGGACAUGGAUGUAGCAGCAUAUCUUCUGGACUUGGAAUGGCAGUUGCACGGGAUAUCAAAGGAAAACAAGAACGUGUAGUUGCAGUUAUCAGCAACGAGACAACCACGGCUGGCCAAGUUUAUGAGGCCAUGAGCAAUGCAGGUCACUUGGAUUCGAAUAUGAUUGUGAUAUUGAAUGAUAGUCAUCACUCUUUAGAUCCAAAGUUUGAGCAAGUCCCCAAGGCAUCAAUCAAUGCUUUGUCAACUACUCUGAGCAAGCUUCAGUCAAGUAAAUUUUUCUGGACGUUUAGAGAAUUUGCUAAGUUUCUUACGAAGAAAAUCGGCCAUGGGAUGCACGAGUGGGCUGCAAAAGUGGAUGAGUAUGCACGUGGUAUGGUGGGCCCUACUGGGUCGACUCUAUUUGAGGAGCUCGGGUUGUACUAUAUUGGCCCAGUAGAUGGCCACAACAUUGAGGACCUUGUAUGUGUUUUGCGUGAAGUUGCAUCACUGAAGUCCACGGGUCCUGUUCUUGUCCACGUCAUAACAAAAGAAGAUUGCAAAGUAGAAGAUAGACAAACAAGUACAAGCUCUGAGGAACAUCAUGAAGGGGGGUUUGCUAAAGCCGGUGGUUCUUCCGAAGGCAUUGAGUCGUUGCAGGACAAUACUCGGCCUCAGACAUAUAGUGACCGCUUGGUAGAGGCUUUGAUUACAGAGUCCAAAAAAGAUGAAGAUAUUGUGGUGGUUCAUGCAGGAAUGGGAAUGGAGCCGUCAUUUCUACUGCUAAGAGAUAAGUUGCAAGACAAGUUUUUUCACGUUGGCAUGGCUGAGCAGCAUGCAGUGACAUUCUCGGCUGGUCUUUCGCGGGGAGGAUUGAAGCCCUUUUGUAUAAUUCCCUCUGCAUUUCUCCAGAGAGCAUACGAUCAGGUGAUUCAUGACGUGGACCGGCAAAAGAUUCCCGUACGUUUCGUGAUCACGGGUGCAGGAUUGGUGGGGUCGGAUGGCGCAACUCAUUCUGGGCCCUUUGAUAUUACAUUCAUGUCGUGUCUUCCAAACAUGAUCGUGAUGGCACCUUCUGAUGAGAUCGAGCUCGUUCGUAUGGUGAAGACUGCCGUACACAUUCACAACAGACCCGUUUGCUUCAGGUACCCAAGAGGCGCAGUUGCUAUGUCCGAACCUGACUCGUAUGUUGUGGAAACAAUUGAGGUCGGUAAAGGGCGAAUACUUGUGGAGGGAAAAGAUAUUGCCCUCUUGGGCUUUGGUUCCAUGGUCCAAAAUUGCCUAAGGGCACAUUCCCUUCUGGCAAAGAUGGGCAUUGAUAUUACUGUUGCCGAUGCACGUUUUUGCAAGCCCCUAGACAUAAAUUUAGUGAGGAUAUUGUGCAAGAACCACAAGUUCCUUAUCACGGUCGAGGAAGGCUCGAUUGGAGGAUUUGGAGCACAUGUUGCCCAGUUUAUUUCUCUUGAUGGGCUGCUUGAUGCUGGAAUUAAGUGGCGCCCAAUUACUUUGCCUGACAACUACAUAGAGGGUGCAAUGCCAGAAGAUCAGCUUGCUCUUGCCGGCCUAACCGGAAAUCACAUUGCUGCUACGGCACUGAAUCUGCUCGGUCGAACUCGUGAUGCCCUUCUCUUGAUGUGUUAG